AUGUGUGAUGACGAUGAUGACAUUGGCAUUGAAAACUGGGCUUACAUUGUCCACGCGAUAACCAUUACGUCUGGGCUCAAGUUAAUUGUGGCUGUUGGGGGGGCUCAGUUCACCUUUCCCCACCACAACCACUGUACCUUUUGGAAGCUCAGCUCCUUCACCUCUCCUAUCUCAAACCUCUAG